AUGGUUCACACAACAAUGGAGGGAUCUCUCUUUGAGCCAACCCUAUACAUAGUGAAAGGCAUGUGUAUCCUGGACAACGAUGGCAACAGGAUCCUCGCCAAGUAUUAUGAUAAAGAUGUCCUGCCGACCGCCAAGGAGCAGAAGGCAUUUGAGAAGAAUUUGUUCAAUAAAACACAUAGAGCAAAUGCAGAGAUCAUAAUGCUGGAAGGUCUGACCUGUGUUUACAAGAGCAAUGUGGAUCUUUUCUUCUAUGUUAUGGGCAGCUCACAUGAAAAUGAGCUUAUCCUCCAGUCAGUACUGAACACCCUGUACGAGUCAGUCAGUAUACUACUGAGGAGGAACGUAGAGAGGAGGGUCCUGCUGGACAACUUGGACGCUGUGAUGCUGGCCUUCGAUGAGAUCUGUGAUGGCGGAGUGAUUCUGGACUCGGACCCAACAUCGAUAGUUGGUCGCGCAGCACUACGGACCGAAGACGUACCGCUUGGCGAGCAAACCGUAGCACAGGUGUUACAAUCGGCGAAGGAGCAAUUAAAAUGGUCACUUUUGAAAUAA